CCCCGCGCUCUGGCCCCCAUAUGGGCUGGGGCCUGCAGAGGGGGCAGAGGCCAGCAAGGAUUUUGUGGGCGCCCCCCGGGCGUGGUGCCAGCGCUUUGUCACUCCUAUUUCAUAGAACCAGCCGAGCUUUCUUGGUGCGAGAGCUUCUCGUGGGGACAAGAUUAAGAUCACCUCUCAGCAGUGUGUAUAUGGGGACACACACGAGUGCCGGCUGUGCACGUGUGAAUCCAGGUACACCCUCGUGGUAACGCCUUCCUGUUCGGACAAGCCGCCUCAGAAGCUAAGGGAGCUGAGGUGACUGACAUCUGCCUCGGGGCUUGAACUUCUCCCGCGAGUCCUCCUCGACUCCAGGGCUGCUUCGCCCUUGUGUAACCCGCUUUGAGGCGGGCGGGCGGGCGGGCGGCUCACCUCGCCGGCUGAGGAAGCCCCCUGCCGCUGGGGUCGCCCUCCGUGGGGCGCAGUGGGGCGCCGGCGAGACCCCCUCGCUCGCUCGCUCGCGCGCUCUCUCUCCCGGCCGCCUCGCCUCCCUCCCUCCCCCGCUCGGCCUCCCGCUCCCGGGGCGCGCGAAGCCGCCGUUGCCGGGCGACGGGAUUGUUUGCGGCCUCCUCCGCCUCUGGGUCGCUCUCGCGGCGGCGCCGGCGGCGGCCUCCCGUCCCACUUGGAACUCGGCGGCGGAGGGUGUCUUCCCCCGGGCGAGCUCCGGAACCAGGCGAGAGAGGGCGGCCAGGGAGGAAAGCGUCCUCCUCCUCUCGCGGAGGGUCUCCCGCCCCGCGCUCCCCCGGCAGCCUGAACCGAGGCCCGUCGGAGCGGCCGUCGGAGCAGCCUCCCCGGCUGGGUCGGGGGUGGGCGGCGUCUCCUUCGGGAGGGUCAGCGGGGAAGCGGGUUGGCGGACCCGGGGAUUCAGAAGGGAACCCGAGUCCGUCUCUGCAGCGACGCUGUGGGGAACUGGGCACUCGGUUCAGGAUGCUCCGAGGUGGGCGGGAAAGUUAGCGCGAAGCCUUUCGGAUUCAGAAGUGGGGCGGGGGGGGGGGGUCGGCCGGCUUGCCUGGCUUCUUUGGCAGGGAUUUGGCCAAAGGCUUCCUUUUGAAAACACCCCCGUUCUCCCCGUUCCGCAGGUAUGAGGAAUACAAAUAAAGAGCCCCGCGGACCCCCAAAUCGAUACGCACCAUGUGGCAAGUACACAGUUUAUAAACGUGAUAUUUCUCAUGUAAAGCCUUUCAAAACCGCGCUCUUUUUUAUUUUAGUGAAAAUAGCUUACAUUUGAAUUUGAUAGGACGCACAGAGGAAAGUAUAAUGACUGUGGAUCCGUGUCUUCAGCGCAAAAGAAAGGCAAGAGGCAGGGGCAGAAAAUGGUGGUCCUGACCCCAGGACCUGCUAAGGCAGCCCCUGCCCUCCAGCCAGCCCUCAACUAUAGAGGCUCAGGAACAGCCAACGAUGCUGUUUUCUAUACGCCAAUACUUUUUCAGUCUUAAAAUCCAGCUAUUACAAGUUCAUUUUCUGUUUCACACAAUUAAGUCCAUAAGAAGUUUCCAAUCCUUAAUAAAUGUCAGUGAUUUUUCUUUAAUUAAUCACAUUAACUUUGCCAUCUCAGCUAAGUCGAAUAAUUUUACCAACCAUUUCCCCAUAGUAGGUAGGGCUGUAUCUUUCCAUCUUUGUGCAUAUAUCUUUUCUCAAACUUUAGUUAGGGACUAUAUAAUACCUUUCUCAGAACUAGAUCCUGUGGUGUUUACAGUGUUUAGACAUCUUCAUUUUGUACAGUAAGCUCACUACUUAUGCACAUUUAGCUCGUGUGCAUUCAGCUUUACAUGCGUGGCAAUUUAAAAAUAAAAGGGGAGGCAGGCAACCAGGAGAAAAGCUCCUAUUCUCUCUUCCAUGCAGGGGUGCCAGCUUGAAUACAAUAUUGGGGGAGCCCAGGUAAGCCACGCCCCACAUAAAUGUGGUGUGCACACCCCAUUUGAAUGGCAAUGCCCAUCAACUUUGGGGGGUAGCUGCUCCCUCAAAUAUUUUUUAGUGGGCCGAAGGGACCUUGACCCCUAGGAGUUGGCUCCUAUGCUUGCACACAUACACAUUCUUGUGCACACUUCUUGUUGUGUCCAGGAGGGAAAAAUUGACCAAGAUUCUAGUUUGGAGGAGAAGACUAAAAGAGGACCAACAGAAGCAGUCAUGGAGCUGCUUGGAGACAAGAAGAAACAAUUUGACUGGUGUGUUUUUGCAGUAAAGGGCAGGAAAAGAAGACCAGAAAAGCGGAAAUAAAUGAUGCCUUUUGGAUCAAUGAGGAACAGUGUAGAGCUAAAGGAGAAAGCCAGGAGGGUUACAGCAGCAGCCAUGCACCUUGCGGGGUUCACAGAAAGAGCUGGGGGGGGGUAUGUGUGGCCAUUGGGCUGCAGGUUGGACUAUCCUGAUGUAGAGACAUUUCUAUCUGACUUGGCAUUGAAAUGCCCUUGAUCUUUCUAACGGAUGAACAGUACCAGGAGAGGCAGCCAGGCUUUUAAUUGUGUGGGUUCCUGUUAUAUUAGGUCAUUGGUUUUUGUAGUAAUGGGGAGUAGAAGUAAUAUAAAUUAUUCUUUAUAAAUGUUUUUUUUUAAAAAAAACUGGAAUAGUUUUCCCGUUUUUCAUUGUUUUUUAUAAUUAUAAUUAUUACGUACCGAAUAUAUAAAGACUGCCCUAUCUAUACCUGGAGGUCUUAGGGUGGUUCACAGAACAAAAUCAAAUUAAGUUUAUACCACUUAAUAUAAUACAAAUCUCAAAAUGUGAUGUUCAUCUUUUUGCUUGUUAAUGCAGAUUGGUACUAUCAUGUGCCACUCAAGCGAUCAGAGGAGUCUGUUAAUUCUGAAGCUCAACAGCAGCCAACAUCCCAGAUCCCAGGUCUCGGUGAUUUUGGAGAUCCUCACAGUGAGAUUACAUUUGGGGGGCGAAGGAAGUGGAUUAAAGACACUGACUCGGAAUAUGUAAAGCUGGCAAAACAAGGAGGCCGACCUGGUAGUUAAAAUUCAUAUGAAUCUUAUGGCGAUUUCAGGAGGCUUGUACAUAUAAAUGGUCUGGAAAGUGCUAUAAGAAAUUUGGGGACAUUGGGGAGGAUAAAACACACAAAAUAUGGAUGUUCCAUGCCACCUUGAAAGCGGUGAUGUUGCAGAAAUGCAGGUUCUUUUGUUUUGAAAGAACCCACAAUUUUAGCAGUAUUCUGUAACCUUUUGUGUCAAUCUUGGUUGAAUUCAUACUUAACAAAAAAUUGCACAUUUACCUUUGAGUAAGGCCAACUGAAAUCAGUGGGCUUGCUUCAGAGUAAAAGUGCAUUGAAUCAAGCUGUAAAUGCAUCACCUUACCUGAAAGCAGCUAUCAGAGGAAACUUGCACAUUUUUUUCCAAAUAAGUAACAGCCUUGGGGAACAAUUUUAUUUGUAAAUCAGCAUGGAGGGGAGUUAACCCAGGCAUAAAUGCAGUUGCUUUUGUGUUUUUAUUUCUGUAUAUUGGCUUGCUCUGUUAGUAAGUAGAGAUCUUCUGACAAAUGAUUGUUUCUCUUGAAUUCAAAUGAAAAAAAAAUGAAAUCAUUUGAUCUGUUUCCCUUCCCUCCUUUUCUGCCUCCAUUUGGAUAUUUUCAGUAUUCUUUUUUGUAGUGUAGGGAAUUGGGGAAGGCAGGCAGAUUUGUGUGUGAGCCAUGGUGCAUGAGUGUGUGUGUGAGAGAGAAAAUAAGUUUCCCUGUCUACUUAAAAAAAUUUCAUGCUUGAAACAUUUGUUGGGAAGGCACAUUGGUUAGAGCAGCAGUGGACGACCUUCUCAGGGCCAAGGACCACAUUCCCUCAGGGAAUUGUGAUUACAGGCUGCAUACUAGUGGCAGGGCCAGCACCAAGAGAUCCUGUCGUAGGUCUCUGCCACCUAGUAUAGUUUGCCCCUUAAUCUCAUGGGGAGGGAUAGAAUGAAGCAUUUUUCAUAUUGCCCUCUUGUUUUAAGAAUGUCCAGAAAACUAGUUAUCUAUUUGUUUAAAAAAACAAAACUUAAAUAACUUUGUCUCCUUCACUUAAGACUUGUUGAGACAUUUUACACCUACUCCACGGAAAGUGUCUCUGGGGUCUUAUGGUGCACCUGAGUGGUAUACACAUCAUGGCAAACCAGCAGCAGCAACAGCAGCAGCUGAUGAGUCUAAGUAAGUAUUCUGUCUUCAUGCUAAUCUCUUUUGGGUGACUGAGGAAGAGUGGAGUUGAAGAAUGUUGAAAGGAAGAAAAUGUCACAGCAUUUGGAAGCACCUGGAACCUUUCAUAACAAAAUACUUCACAGUAAAUGGUAAAACUGUUUUCCGCAGGCCUCGAGUUUCAGCUAUGCCAGACUACAUGAUCCACGAGGAGUUUAAGGCUGAUCAACCUGCCAGCUAUGAGCCUAAAAGAGGGCCUUUUGAUUUUGAUAUGAAAAGUGUUUGGCAAAGAGAUGCUGAAGACAAAGAGAACAAAGAGAAAAGAGAGGUAUGUGAACCUCUCUUGGUUGGUGAGUGGGUCAGGACAGCAGCACCUCACGCAAAUCCCAAUGAACUAGCACACCUGGUGUUUUGUAUUUCUCUGCCUAAUAAUGUGGGUCUCUGUCAAAUUUGCAGUUGAAAAUAUAUUCUUCUUCUUCUUCUUCUUCUUAUUAUUAUUAUUUGUAUAUGCAUCCAUAGAUUUCAGGGCAGAUCUAUAUCAGGUAUUGCUGUGGGUGCCAAUCAAAAAAUGGCCGCCAUGGGGAAAUGACAUGGCAUAACACAACACAGCUGCCAUGGAGAGUGCGGCAUAACACAAAAUUAGAGAGUUCAGUCAUGGUGAAGCUUUUCCCAUGACUUUAUUUCCCCACCAAAAAGGUUUCACUUAUUGAUUUUCUGUCUGCUACGAUGCAGAAAUACCUGUUUUCCCCCAGUGCCAACCCUAAACCAAAGCCUAGGCUGCCAUCCUGCAUCCACUUACCUGGGAGCAAGCUCCAUUAAAUAAAAAGAAACUUCUGAGUAGAUUACAUUAUACUGUAAGUUAACUAUACAGUGAAUUCUUAAUGAGUGCUUGAUCUUUAACUGCUGUACAGCAAGUGACAUGCCUCUUUGCAAAUGUUUCAAAUUUUCCUUUUGAAGUUAACAUCCACUCAAACAUUGUUUAACAGUAUUUGCAGAAAAUAACCUCUAGAAACUACCUGAUCUCAGAUGAAGCCACCACAAACAAAAUGCACCCUGGCUGCUAGGGAAAGCAAGAGGACAAACUACAGAGAUUCCAGGAACUAAAAAAUAAGGCCGAAGCAGGAAAAGUGCACUAAAGGGCAGGGUGGAAGAGCAGCUCUUUAGGACCCAGCGUUUCCUGUUAUCUGGUGUCCAAACAGCUCACUUAUCAGUCACAAAUCCGUCUUCACUCAUUGGCUAAAAACAUUGAUAGGCAGGAGCAGCCAAACUGGCUCAUUUCAUAGAAUUUGUGGAAGUGUUUAAAAAUGAUCAUAUCCCCUUUGGGGGCAAGGUGCUCGAUAAGUUGGUACAGCUGUAGGCAUGCUUGGAGGAAACUGAUCACUUGGAUCCAUUCCACUCUGGUUUCAGGCCUGCCUGUGGCACUGAAACCACAUUGGCCACUUGGGUUGAUGACAUUUGUUGGGAAAGAGAUGGGAGCUUGAGUUUGCUUGUUCUGCUUGAUCUCUUGGUGGCUUUCAAUCCUGUUAACCACAAUACCCUUCUAGAGGAGCAUAUUGUCUCAGGGAGGUUGGGGCUGGGGACCUUGUUCUUCAGUGGGUCCACUCCUACUUCCUGGGACAUUUCUAAGAAGUAGUUAUGGGGGGUUAGCAUUUGGUGUCCUGUAGUGUCCCAUAGGGUCACAUCUUGUUUCCCAUGCUAUUUAACAUCUAUAUGAGGUCUCUGGUUCUGUGAUCAGGAGAUUUGGAGUGGAACGUCAUCAGUAUGCAGAUGACACCCAGUUCUAUCUCUCUGUUUCAUCUGAAUCAGGAGAGGCAGUUGAGCUGUUAGACAGGUGCUUAGAGGCAGUGGUUUGGAUGUGGGCCAUGAAACUGAAGCUGAAUCCUGAAAGUGGUGUUAUGUGUCCCAAGUUCUGAUGUCCAGGAGGUGAGGAGAUGGCUUGUUCUGGUGAGAGCAGGUCCACAGCUUGGGGGUGUUUUUUGAAUUCAGCGCUGACACUGGAGGCUCAGGUGGCCUUGGUGACCAGGAGUGCCUUUUCCCCCAACUGUGGCUGGUUCACCAGCUGUGAUACCUUUUAAACAAAACAAUUUGGUCACUGUACUCCAUGCUGUGAUAACUUCCAGAUCAUAUUGUUGCACUCUGUUCUGUGUGGGGCUGCCCUUGAAGUUACAGCAGGAGCUUCAAUUAGUCCAAAGUGCAGCGGCCAGAUUACUGGCUGGCGUUCUGUUUCGAUCUCACAUAACCCCUGUUUUAAAACAGCUGCACUAGCUGCCAGUUUGUUUCUGAGCCCAUGGUGUUCACAGUGUUUAUAGCUCUGAUUGACUCAGGCCCCAAAGCAACUUACAAUCACAAAAAUCAGGUGGGUCCUAAAAAUAUACCUCUCCGUUAAGAAGAGCUCUGCUGGACAAGGCCAAUGGCCCGCCCACUCCAGCCUCCUGCUGUCAUAGUGGUCAACCAGAUGCCUGUGGGAAACCAGUUAUUACCCAACUUUCACCCUAAGGUCACAUAAUAAUCACUGCCAUGGGGCCUUAGGAUGAAAGGGGGGUAAUAAAUGAAAAUAAUACUAAUAUUUUUUCUAUUGAAUUACACAAGUUUAUUUGCACUGAACAUGAAAUGUCGCCGUAUGAUGCUGUUUCAUUCAGAACCAAGCUGUGUCCUGGAACUGGAAAGAAACUAUCAGCGGCUAAAUUGAUGUUGGCUCUGUAUAGACUCCAGAAUCCUUAAAACUAGACUAGUUGCAGACCCUUCCUUUACCUUCCAGCCCCAGAAUGUGUUGUAGGACUUAACAACACAAUCCUCAUAUAUAAUGUCUUCCAUGAACUGCAGCAGAUUUGGGGGCUGGGGUGCAGACACUUGUACUUUUUGUCACUUUUAGAAAAAGCUGGAGUGUGCCUACAGUUUAUAGAAAUCAACUUUUUUUUGGAAAAAGUAUGGUAUUUGGGUGCUAAAAUCUACCAUAUGUUUUGGAUAGUCGUUUUUCUGUAUGUCUCUGUUCUCUAUGGGUCUGGCUACCUCUCAAGAUACUGUAUUGUUGCCAAACUCUGUACAAGGGUUCCCGAGGGGGAGAUGGUAGUUUUCAUCAAUGUUUGGAUGCCAAGGCACCAUUUUGAAUCAAGAUGGCGGAUCAAAGCAUGACUUUGGUGUGAGUUUGCCUGGUUUUUGAUGUAAUGGGUCCAGACUACACCAAUUUGGAUGGUUCUGAAGAUACUGUUGUCCCAUUUGGCAGGAUAGUUCCUACCUGCACCAGUUUGGAUGCCUCUUGAGAUAUUGUCACCAAACUCUGCAUCAGGGUUCCUCAUAUGGAGGUGGUCUCAUAUUCAUCUGUCUUUGGACACCAGGCACCAUUUUGAAUCAAGGUGGCAGACUGAAAUGUGACUUUGGUGUAACUGCUCAAUUUGGUAGGAUGGGCUCAAAGUACACAGAUUUUUAUACCUCUGAAGAUAUUGUCACCCCAUUUUAUAGGACUUUGCCCAAUUUGGAAUGACUGUUCCAACCUGCAUCAAUUUAGAUGCCUCUUGAGAUAACAUCACCAAACUCAGCAAGACAGUUCCCAAGGUAGAGGUGGUGAUCUAAUGUUACAGUUGGACACUGGGCACCAUGUUGACUCAAGAUGACGGAUUGAUAUAUGACUUUGCCCAGUAUAGCAUGACAGGUCCAAAUUACGCAGAAUUGUACACCUCUAAAGAUACUAUCACCCUGUUUGGUGGGACUUUGCCAAAUGUGAUGUGACGUUGCCAACCAGUGCCAAGCUUAGAUGCCUUUGAAGAGAUAGCGUCAGCACGAUCGUUCCCAAGGUGGAGGAGGUGGUCUAUGUUUAGAUGCCAGAUGACACGUUGACUCAAGAUGACAGGCCAAAUUAACGCUAAGUAAACAUUAGCUCCCUUUGCCACACUCAAAUUGAUUUGGGGCUGGAUCAAGCAUUCCCCAGGGAAGGGUGAAGCCCGGGUGGGUAAGUGGAUAGUUGUGCACAGCCCUAAAACUCACUAAUUACACUAUCCUUUGAAAAAUCACAAUAUUUUGGGGUUUCUUCAGAUUCCUGGGAAGUGCCAGGCACUUCCCACUAGUGAAGAAUAUAGUGUGAAACAAUUCCUUUGAAGGGUGUAAAUUUCUUAUGUAACUUGGUUGAGGUUCCUGCAUUGCAGGGAUUUGAACUCGAUGACCCGGGGGGGGGCGGCGUUCCAACUCAUUCUGUGAUCCUGGUUAUGACUUAAGAUGCUUUUUGUAUCAUUGUAAUUAAGUUGACAAACUAAUAAAAUUAUUAUCAGGUUUGUUGGUUUUUUUAUUUCCCUGCUUAAUUUAUACAAAUUUUGUGAAACUAAGACCUUGACUAAAUGGGAAAGAGAUUUCUCUGUUCAGGGAUAGCUUCUUGUGCCCUUUGAGGACAUUCGUGGCAACAGCAGGACUGGGGGAAGAAGUGAAGCAGGUGAGAUUUUUGCUCUCUGCAGCAGCAUCCUUGCUUAGUAACAUCGAACCAUAGUUUGGCAUAGCACCGCAUGCAAACCAGGUCAUAGUAUCUUAAUUUGGUGCAUUUGUCUCCCAGCUCUUUUAAGGAUCCCUCUGAAGUAAUAUUGGGCACAAUUCAGCAAAAUUAAGCAUAGUAGUUGAUUUCAGUAGCAAAGUUGUUUUGAUUAAAACCUCUCCCACUUAAUUGGGUGACAUUAGCUUUGAAUGGAUAGUGUGGCUUUUGUCCUUCAACAGGAAUCACAUAUACCGUAAACUUAAUUUACCGGUAAUUGCCUGAUGGCCAACCCUUAUGGCUAAACCUUGAGAAAUAACUGCUGAAAUCUUGGAUUUAAAUUUCAUUAGCUUUCUGAAACUUUCAUUUUAUUUAUCUUCUCAGAAGCAAGUCCCAUUGGGUGUAAUGGGCCUAACUCUCAGAUAAGUACAUUACUGGAUUGCAGUCAUAAACUAUUUUCAGAUACCUGCUUAUUUAGAGUUAUGGGUUUUAAUUGUUUUGUCAGGGUAUAAGAAAUACUAGCCAGGAGUACUGUUUAAAGUUCAGCCUCCUUAGUUUAUUCUAUCAGGGAAAAGUGUGUUGGUUCCAGUUAAAGAAAUAAAUCCUUAAGGACAUAUCACAGUACAAAAACAUUUUAAUCCCAGAGGGUUCUUCUCAGGUCUCAUUAAAAACAUAGAAGCCUCUUGUGCAUUCUAGAUCAGGUUAUUCAAGUGAUUAUAGAUCCAUUCUUUUCAGCUUCCAGAAUAUAUGUUCUUUUUUCUGAACAUUAAUGUUUAUUUGGGAGUGUUUUCAGGAACACUGGUUAUCUUUUUAUAUUAUUAUUAAAGCUUCCAUACUCUGUUUCUAAAGAGUAUGGAACUAGAUGCAAAAUGGGAUAAUCAGGAACAAAGGGAUCUGUUGCGGGUUACCUUUUAAAAAAAAUUAAAAGCAGUAUCAGAAUCUUGCUGGAGCUGUGGCUCAGAGAGGAGACAUAAUAUUGUGUACAUCAUUUUCAUGAUUUAAAUUUUACCUGCCCCCCCCCCAAGCAGAAAGGUUCUAUUCUUUCUGAAAUGAAGUUUGUACGGAGGCAAGUCAGGUAGUAUACACUUUAUGUGACCAAGCUGAUCAUUUUUGUAAAACAUUAAACACUCUUUCCUAAUCUCUUUUCUGUUAUCUUUAAGAUCUAUUACUUAAAUUGUGUUUUUGUUUUUUAAAUCCCAACAGGAAAAUGGAGUACAAGUUGAGGGCUCUCCAGGCAGCACAAAAGAAGAGGUGAGUUUUUCUGAAACUAGAAUUGGAUUUGACAAAAGACAGAGGGAAAAUCUCAAAUUGACCAUUUUAAAGACUAAGCCAAGAAACAGGUAUUUGGCGAUUCCAUCAGCACAUCAUUGCAAAAUCUUUCUCCAAGUUACUGUUGUGGUCUCCCCUCCUUUUAAAAGUCAGUGUUGAUUCCUGGAUGCAUUUGUAUUUUUAGUAGUUUUCUAGCCAGCUUCAAAGUUUCAGAUUCUGGUAAAGAAUAAAACUGGUUAGCAUGAAAAGCUUUUUAGUACUGUUCCAAUCAGUGCUCUUUUAGUAUUCCAAUCAGCCUGACUAAGGAGUUCACUCUGUGGUGGAGGGGCUGGGAUGGGCACGUGUAAGCUCAUAUUCCACUCACGAUCUCUUACCGUGGUUAAUAAAUUCUGAAGUUUCUGUAUGCAUCACUCUGUGUGUACUCAAGUUUUGUCAUUCUGAAGUAUGCACCUGCUCGAAAAUGUGAGCUUUUUCUCAAAACCUGAGACUAAACUUGACAAGAUUUUAAAUGUGUUCUUGUAUUUAACAUGCAGGGUGGUAAUCGUAACUGGAAUCACAGCAGGUUUAUAAAGCAAUUUUAACUCUCUGCCUUCCUCCCGAGGAAAACCCUUCCUCUGGUAUUUGCUUUGUAGGGUGAGGAGGAAAUCCUAAAUUGUCACCAGUGGGGGAUUUCCUUCCAAAUCUGCACACAAAAUUUAAAGAGGCAUAUAACAGCACGGGCAGUUUGGCCCUUAUAUUUUAAGAUAAAGCUUACAAUUUUAGCAUUCAAAUGGCACAUACCACUGGUAAUCAGAACUUGAAUAAACACAGGUAGUGCAGACACAACAUUGCAAAUGUGAACUUGCACACAUGCUCCUUCCAGCACCUUCUCACUUCCGUGUACAUAUUUAAAACCUGCACGUUAAAGGUGCACUUAACCUUGCAUUAAGCCCUAACAGAAACCAAGCAACCUUAACCACACUUUGGAAGUAAUGCUAAGGGUCAAUCUACAUCUUCUGUUACAACUGAUUUGAAUUGGGUUUAUAGCAUAUGGGGAACGGAUCCAGUCUUGAUCAGCCCAACUCAAAAGUUCUAGCCAUCACAUAUCAAACUUUUUUAUUUCUCAGCCUAGACAGAUCAGAUUACUUUGAGUGACAACAUCACAAAAACAGGAGCCUAAUACAGGAGCCAUGUACAGAUUGCUACAGAAUAUAUUGCAGGGAAUAUUCUUUCUUUUUAGCUGUUAUUUCAACCUGUUUUAAUCAUAGGUAUAUGUAUGUCCAUUACUGAAUUAGCAUUAUCUUUUUUACACAGAUAAAGCUUCCUGCUAUAACGCCAAGAUACCCACACAGAACACCACAACCUAUUGCAGCUAAAGAAUUUCAUGGAGGAAACCGACUCUACUUCCCUCCAAUGUUAGCUAAAUAUAAUUGCUGUGUUUUAAAUCCAGACCUUACAGAUGGAUGUGCAAGUACUCAACUUGCCAGUGUAAAGCUGUGCAUAAAAUUGUUACCCUUUGCUCCAGUUCAGUUUGCUGUAUGAAUUAGUGUAUUGCAUCGUAGUGAUGGCUAUAUGCUGAUCUUAACAAUAAGCAUAUAAUCACAAUAAGAUAUAGUUGGUAGGCAUUGGGGAGGCAGUAUGCACACUUUUUAAAAAAGUGUAGUUUAUUAAAAACUACCCUAGAUUAUCAUAUGUACACUGUAUCAGUUAUUUGUCAGUGUACCAGAUGAGAAGCCUCGUUGGAUGUCAUGUUACAUGACUGGUAAUCUGGAACAGGUGAAAAUGGAGACCAGAGUACACCUUGCUUUAUUUUGGGAACAUAUUCAAGGGCGUAGCACAGGUUCUCUGCACCCAGGAUGCGUGUGUGUGCUGGGGCGGGGGCAGAGUGUGGCUGCGCGAGCCCAAGCCCUCACCGCUCACCAAGCCACAGUGGUCUGAGCCGGCAGCGAGUGAGGCAAGGGGAUGGAUGGAGAAAGGCUCAAAGCCAGCUCACAGUGAGGGCAGACCAGCAGCCUUUGCCAGAGGCUCCCACCUCUCCUUGGUGGGUGGUGCGGCUGCUGCCAUCCUCCUUCCUCUCAGCCAGCCAUGAGGAGAAGGAGGUGCUGCUGCAGCCCUGAAGGCCCAGCCAGGGCACAGCUUGGUGAGGGAGGGAGCCUGUCGUGGGGGUGCCUGGUUGUGCCAUCUUGCGCCCUCUCAGCAAUGCAUGCCCCCCCCCAAUGCUAUGCUCCUGAUAUCAUUUGGGAUUGCUGUAGGCUUGACAUCUUUCGAUCACAUAAGUUACUUGUCUUAGUUAUUCAUAUUUACCAGUAGUUCCUGUUUUGACUGGGGUUACUUGAAACAACUUUUUCUUCACUGCUGGAUGUUGAGAAGGUGUGCAUCAAUGUAUGUUGUCCCUAUGUGAAGACUUGCACGUGGAUCUGUUUUACCAGCUGGCAUUCAAAGCUGGUUAUACAGCUGGCAUACUUCUACUAGAGGCCUUUUUGCCACAAAGCCAGAAUGCUUUUAAUACCAAAGGAAGCUUCAAAAACACUUUUUAAUAUAGCACAGAGACCUGGUGUUUAAAAAACCUCACCAGACUUGCUCAAACCUUUGGAUCCACCUAAUGUAAUUCUUAGGCUCUCUGCUUCUCUGCAUGUUUGCAUUGGGAUGCUCUGAUGACCAUCAGGUUCCCCAGUACAUUUAUUUGUUGUCAACACUAACAGUAAAUUACUGUAAGUAACUGUUGAAAAACCAUGGCACCAGGUACCAUUUGGACUCACAGCACUCUUCUAAAAAUGUCAAAGACUUUUAUUUUCCUAUUUUAAAAAAUCGUUAUCAUAGUAAAGAAAAAGAAAAGAUGGGUACCAGUUUUGAUAAAAGGCUUGCUUCUUGUUUGGUGUUCUCGUAUAGGCCUGCUCACAAAAAAAACGAACCUGUAAACUUCAGCAAACUGAUCAGCAGUGGUUAUGGAGAUGAGUGGCUUCAACAGCGUGAUGACUGGGAGAAAAAGAACUCGCAGCCUAAUGGUAAAAUUUUAGACUUUAAAAAAAUAAGCAGUAUUUACUGACCUAUGUCUUUCUUUGUAACGUAGACCUAUGCAAAUAUGUGUAUUAAUCCCAUAAAACAUUCCAGUAGAUAUAUGGAAAUUGGGUUUCAACUCAUAGCUUAUUCAUUGUAUUGCUUACAAACCCGGUAUAUUGUUUAUUCGGGACAAGUUUUUGGGAUUUUGUUUCUGUUCAGAUAGAGUAGAGCUAACUUAAUCUGCAUUCAUUCUGCAGUAUUUGUAGAGCAUAUAGAAAAUAAACUGCUUGAGUGCUGUAUGUUAUACACUAAACCUUUACACAAUUUUAUAUGUAACGUCUGUAAACUCCAAUGGAAAUUGCUUCCAGGGAAGCAUGUACUGGACUUUAGUCUGACAUCAUUGCUUAUGCCAAAUCAUAAUUCCACUUAAAGAUGCAAGGUAGCAUGGGAUAAAUGGCACCCAAAUAUAAUAUUUAUUUUAAAAUGCUCCUUUUGAAAAGACUUGCCUUCUAAUAAGAUAAUAGCAUUUAUGGAAUGAAGACUGUGCAAAUAUCCUAUUGUAUUCAAAAGCUUUUGGACACCUUUUUAGCUCAUUUGUCCCCUAACAAAUACCUUGUAAGACUAUUAAAGCAACCGAGGCUUAUUUUAUGACAUGAAUGCAUAUUAAAGAAAGAAUUCCUUUUCUAUUGUUUCUUACAGAUUCUCUUCUUCCUCCAAGUGAGUACCAGAAGAAAAUAGAAAAGAGGCAGAAAGCUAGGAAACACACAUUGUCAUACAAAAGAAAACCUAGAUCUCAAUCUGGACUUGAAAUGGGGGCCCAGCCUAAGAAGCCAUUCUUCAACCUCAGAAUGUAUGCCACCCAAAACACUAUCCUACCAGCCCAUUUCUGCCUUAACAGAUCUAAGAAUUAUUCAUUUCCAAACAUAUACAGUCUUUUUCUUUAAUUGUCAGUAGAAUUUAACAGUGAAGGAAAGUAACCUUUUUAAACGUAAAGCUUAUUACAAAUGUUUUUAAUAUGAAUUUUUACUUCUAGCUUAAGUAAUUAAUUGGGGAAAAACCUUUUGCUUUGUAUAGAGCAGUGGUUUGUUUCUCUUUCCCACCCAUUCGCUGUUAUCCGCUGGCAGAGAUCUCCUUUGGUGUCCCAGGGGUGGGCGCUCUCAUAAAUUUUGCAGCAGCCUCUCCUGUCUCUCCUCAACACCUCACACUUCCCUUAAGUUCACUUCCCUCAAGUCUUUGCAAUUGGGUAUUAGCAGACCUAGAAGAAAAUAUUUUCUUCUCAAUUUUUAUUCUUGGGCAUAUCCAAAUAGAGGGCAGUAACACUGCAUUUAUUUUAAAUUGGUUGAAAGUUUUGCUUUGGAAAUUCAUAAUAAAAUUCAAUGAUACAUUCUACACAAGGUCCCCAAUCGUGAGAGGGAGAUCAGCAUAUAUGCAGUGAUGCUUACCUCAUUUUUUUCUGCACUGCAUCACUGGCUGAUUUUAAAAACACUAGAAGCAUAGAAUUGUAGAGCUGGAAGCGACCUAGGGGAUCAUCUAGUCCAGGCAUGGCAAACUUGGCCCUCCAGCUGUUUUGGGACUACAACUCCCAUCAUCCCUAGCUACCAGGACCUGUGGUCAGGGAUGAUGGGAAUUGUAGUCCCCAAACAGCUGGAGGGCCAGGUUUGGCCAUGCCUGAUUCUAGUCCAACCCCCUGAGUAGCUGCUUGCAAUGCAUUGUGGGAUGCUGCUGUUUGGAGAAACAAAAUUAAAGUCCUACAGCACUUGCCUAUUUUCCACUUGUGCCUCACUGGAUGAGGCCAUUAUGCAGAAGGCUGCAAACUCAAGAAGAAUCUAGAGUUCAUGAUGUAAUGCACAUACACAAUAGUAGGGCUGGAAGGUAUAUGUAGUUCAAGUGUUUCCAUGUAUAUAGAAUUUAUCACAUCCAAACUGUUUCUUAGAACUUAAUUCCACAUUUCAGAAGCUCACAGGUAGGAAGGUUAUAUUUGUGUUGUAGUGUCUGUAGAGAAUGGAUCAAGCAUAGUUAAGAUAUCCACAGUGAUUUCCAAAGGGACCAUGUAUGUGCUAUGUUGGAGAAGGUAAGAAAAGGCAAGAAAACUGAUUAGCCAGGAUGGCUGAGACAAGGGGAGAGUUGUUCUGUGGAGUUUAUUAAACUUGUUCAUGCAGCUGAGGUCUACUAAAGCAAAGCAGAAUACUUUUAGAAAAGGACAAUAAUCCAAAUUAGGACAAUGAACUCUUGUGUGUCAGAAUAACAACUCUGUUAUAUGCCUCAAUUAUUACAUAAAACCCAUCAUUUUAAAAAUUAUGCUGCAAUCCCAUUCAGCCAAUGUUUCUUUAUAUUUCUGAGCAGGCAUGCAUGGGAUUGCACUGUGACGCUCUAGUCCUGUACACUUACCUAGAAGUAGGAUCCACUGACAGCAGGGUUUUUUUUCCGAGUAAAGGUGCACAGCAUUACAUGCCAUGACUAGAAUCAUACACCCGGCCUAGGAAUUUAGUUUAAAGGUAUUCAUAAUCUACCUGCACACAUGGGAUGCCGUGUGCUUGGCAGGCUAAUGGACCCCACAUCAGCACCAUCUCCAUUGGUUCAUGUGUGCUGGUUAAACAUGGAAUUUACUAUUCUAGGACAGUAUUUCCAUAGAUUUGGGGGGGGGGUAAUGUGGAAGUCAUCAAUGUAAUAGAAUACUGAGGAUAUAAAAAAGUGUGUUUUUGUUAUUUUAAAGAACUUCAGUACUACCAUUUAGAACAGACCUCACACGCAAUUCAUCAAAACUGUUAAUAGAACAAUAAACAGAGCAAUAAAACCCUAUUUCCAUCUAACCAUAAAACUCACUAAAACAAGCCCUGCUCAAAGAGCCCCAAUUAUCUAGCAUUCCAAUUUAAACUCCAAAUGCCUUUCUAAACAGAUGUGACUUUGAAGCUAGUUUAAGUGAAAUUGGGGAGGGCAUCUCCCCAAGGAUUGAAUUCCAUAGGUAAGGGGCCAGGGCAGAGAAGACCCUGUUUCUUAUGACCGCCAAACUAAUACAUUUUACUGUAGGCAUCUCAACAGGGUCUCCAUAUUGCUGCAGGUGGUCCCUAAGGUAACCUGGUCCCAUGCCAUUUAAAGCAGGGGCGGUUAACCCUUUUCAGGCCAAGGACCACAUUGGCCUAUGAUCAUCCUUCCAGGGGCAAAAGUUGGUGUGGUGAGCACUGGAUUUCUCAGUACUGCCUUCCAAAAGACUUUCCCGCCAACUCUGCACUAUUUUAAAGCAUUUUUAAUCAUGCAUUAUUACAUACAGAUACAGGCUGCAGGUUUGCCACCACUAUUUUAGAGCUUCCUUGGCAAUCACCAGCACUUUGAUUUGGACUGGGAACAAACUAGCAGCCACUGUAGCUGGCACAAUAUUGAUGUCACAUAACUGAUUGCUUGGCCCCCACAAAUAGAUGGGUAGCCACACCUAAAACAGCGCUUGAAUAACUAUAGGAGGUUAUCCAGAAAGGGUAACAACAGGCUUAUCAACCUAAGCUGGUUAAAGGCUCUUCUGGAUACCACAUCUAAUUCCCUGUGUUAGCAGAGAGCCCAGAAACACACCCAAGUGCACACCUGACCCUUCAGGGGAAGAAGUGCAAUUCUAGUAUCUGAAGCUGCAACCAACAGCGCUUGCAUUUCAUUUCUUUUAUUGAUUUGGUUGCAUUUAUGAAUUGCUUCCUAUGUAACCUCUUGAAGUGGUUUAACACUAAAAGCACCAACAAGAAAAACAUACAAAAAAAUCAUAUACGGUAUGGUUGCAUCUUAUGAGGGGGCGGGGUAUGUUCUGGGGUGGUGCAUAUAUGCAAAAAUGGGCCGGCUGCCCCACCAGCCUUACCUUCCAGAGCUGGUGUGUGGGGCAGGCCUUUCCAAUGGUUGAUGUUUUGUUGUGCUCUUUAGAUUUUGUUGGAGUGGCAACCCAGUCAGAUGGGCAUCAUAUGUUGUUAUUUUGUGACCCUUGGGGUCCCUUCCAACUCUACAAUUCUGUGCUUCUACCUCCCUCCCCUCAAGCAAAGCAGAUUACUUUUAAACUCUCCAGAUUGCUUAACAGACAAGUCCUCCUCAGCAUGCAGGCUCUGGGAUGCUCUCAGGGCCUUCCAGGUUUCCGUGCAAGAGCACCCCAUAUUUCAUUUGACAGUCAUUUAGAUAUUUGAAGCUGGCUGUCAUAUCUUCUCUCAGUCUCCUCUUUCCCAGGCUAAACAUAUCCAACUUGCUCAACUAUUCCUCAGCAGGUUUGGCUUCUAGACCCUUGAUCAUAUUGGUUGCCCUCCUCUGCACACCUUCCAGCUUGUCAAUAUCCUUCUUAAAUUGUAGCACCCAGAACUGGACACCGUAUUCCUGGUGUGGUCUGACCAAGGCAAAAUAGAGCCGGACUAUUAUUUCCCUUGAUCUGGACACUAUACUUCUGUUGAUGCAGCCUGGAAGAGCAUUGGCUUUUUUUGUUGCUGCAUCACAUUUUAGGCUUAUGGUCAUCUAAGACCCCUUGUUGUUGUUGUUUAGUCGUGUCCGACUGUUCGUGACCCCAUGGACCAGAGCACGCCAGGCACUCCUGUCUUCCACUGCCUCCUGCAGUUUGGUCAAACUCAUGUUAGUGGCUUCGAGAACACUGUCCAACCAUCUCGUCCUCUGUCGUCCCCUCCUCCUAAGACCCCUAGAAUGUACUAUUAAAGCAACACUGUUCACACUGAAAAGGAAAUUAGAAAGAGGAAGGGCAGUCCAAAUGUACAAGGAGCAACCCAGUUUCAUUGCUGUUAGUUCAUUUCAAUAUUACACAAGCAGGGCCAUCCUUCAUUGACCUCAGAUAAUCUUUUUUGUACAAGAAAGAAAUUGAUAUUUAAUGUCUUUGAGUGAGAAAAUAAAAUGCUCAUUUUUCUGUCACCUCUUGUUUUUCAGAUUCAGAGACAUCCCAGCCAGAAUCAACACAAACAGACAAUGAGUAAAAGCAGAUACUUCAUAGAAUUGUCAAAAUUCUCACUAUUUCAAAACAGCACUGAGUGCAGAAGACUAUAAUAGAGCUUAGGAAGCAGGCUUCAAUAAUUAUAUGUUGAUGUGUUAGAUUAUGUGUCUUUUAACCAGGAUAUUUAAACAAUGGACCACAUUCAUUCCUGUUGGUUUUUCUGUUUGUUUCAGUAAGUUUGCAACUGACAUGAGUUUGGUCCAAUAAUCUACCCCAGUAAGUUUUUAAAGCCUGGAUGCUUGCUUCUGCUAUUAAUGCCUCCGCCUGUAUCUGAACCUGCUUUCUGCUUCUACUUUUCACCCACUUCUACCAAGGUUUGCCUUGUAUCCUCAUGUUCUAAAGCUACGUGGGCUGCUUGAGAGUUGGUGAACAGUAGCAUCCCUGCAGUCCCGGGACCUGGUUAAUGGAUGCUUUGCUAUGGGGUUGCACUACUGAAGAGAGUCUGUAGUGGAACAAAACACUUGAGACCAGUUUGAGCAACAUAACCUUUGCAAAGCUGAGUCUUUAUUUUUCUGCUUCCAAGUGUUGAAUGGGGUAAGUAAAAAGCCAGAUUGUUGUGAUGUUUUAUAUAUUUUGAACUUGUAUGUAUAUUGGCAUUGAGAUUAUUAUUCAGGAGGUUGGAUUGAAAUGAUCGUUUUCAACACCAUUCUCAUUUUGUUCUGAUGUAUACCUCACAUCAUAUAAACUUGCAUAUAUACUUGGAAUUCUGUUUGAAUAAACAUCAUAAGAGAAUGAU